AUGACGGUCCCAUUCCUCCUGGAUGAUAUUUGCAACCUGCCAAACGACGAAGGAAUCAAGGCCCUGGUUGGAAUGAACUUUGUUGGAACCGGAGGUGCUGCGCUGGGUGCUGGUGUCGGAGACCGCCUGACAGCCGGUGGCGUCAAGCUGCUCAACUUUUACGGCACGACCGAAACGGGUCCCCUUUCUCUCACCUUUGCACCGACGGACAAUUAUAACUGGAAGUACUUCAGGCUCCGAACCGAUGUGAAAUACAAGGUGGAUGAGCUGGAACCCAAGGACGGCGAGAGGAGGUUCCGCCUGACAGUGUAUCCAUUUGGCGCUGCAGAAGGCUUCGAAAUUGCCGACCAGUUGAUCCGGAAUGAGCAAUACCCCGACACUGACUUUGCGGCCGUGGGCCGCGAUGACGACGUCAUUGUUCUUGCUACCGGAGAGAAGGUCAGCCCCUUGAUCCUGGAGACCAUGCUGAACGACGCCCCCAUGAUCAAGUCUGCCGUUGCUUUUGGCGAGAACCAGUUCAACCUUGGCGUCCUUGUCUGGGAAAUCGUGACUGCUGCCGGGCAACGGAUGGAUGGCUCGGGGCGAGUCCCGUCUCCGGAUGCGAUCAUUGUGAUACCUCAGGGCGCCGUCGUCCCCAGGACUGACAAGGGUUCCAUUGCGCGCAAGGACACAUACGCUCUCUUUGAUAAAGAGAUCAAGGCCGUCUACGAAAAGCUCCUCCAAGCUGCCACUGAAGCCACUGGGCCGCUGAACCUGGAUAAUCUCGAGCAGGACCUGAAGCAACUUGUCCACACGAGUCUGGGGCCGCGCGCACCGGUUUCGCAAUGGACGGUAGAGGAUAGCCUGUUCGACCUGGGAGUCGACUCCCUGCAGGCGCUGCAGUUGCGGCGGGUGCUCAUAGCCGCAGCGUCCAAGACGGAAGGGUUGAAGGAUGUCGACAUUGCCAAGCUGAUCCCACCCGAGUUCAUCUACCUCAACCCGUCGGUACGGGAGAUGGCGGCGGCCAUAACGGACCGAUCAAGCUCCGGCGAGAACUCGCUCGAGAAUGCCGCCAAGGAGGUGAACGAGCUGGUGGAGAUGUACAGCAAGCUAAAUGCUACCCCCAUCGCCCCGGAAGAGGAGCAACCCAGUGUAUUCGAGAAUGCCGUGGUUCUACUCACCGGCAGUUCGGGAAGCUUGGGGUCGCACUGCCUCGCGGAUCUGGCUCGACGACCCGAAGUGAAGAAAGUCAUCUGCCUCAUCCGAAAGGAGAAGGGUACCAAUGCGCCUCCCAUGCCGGGCGGCGGACAGUUUGACCGCAAUAUCCUCAAGUCGAGGGGUCUCGAGCUCUCGGAAGAGGAAUGGGCCAAAGUGGCCACACUCGAGGUUGAUCCGACAGCCGAGAAAUUGGGUCUCAUCCCGAUGGUAUACGCUGCCAUGCAGGGUAUGGUCACGCAUGUCGUUCACGCUGCCUGGCCGAUGAACUACCUUAUCAGGCUGCGGUCUUUCCAGUACCAGUUCAAGUUCUUCCAAAACCUCCUGGACUUUGCCGCGCAGAACAGCCGAGGUGCGAAACGCCGCUUCAUCUUCAUUUCGUCGAUUGCGGUUGCCGCCCGGGUUGGCCUCUCCAAGAAUGGAUGCGCCGUCCCGGAGACUCCGCUUUCUCCUGCUGAGUCUGCAUGCGGCAUUGGCUACGCCGAUGGAAAGCUCGUCUGCGAGAAGAUUCUUGAGCGAGCCGCUGAGGCUUACGCUAGUCAACUGGAGGCCGUCUCCAUCCGGUGCGGACAGCUGACUGGAGCCACGAACACGGGAGUAUGGAACGCGAAUGAGCAGAUUCCUAUGCUGGUAAAGACGGCGAAGAGCAUUGGCUCCUUCCCUCAGCUGCAUGGAGAGCUGUCUUGGAUUCCGGUUGACAAGGCCGCGUCUGUUGUCUCGGAAAUUGUCUUCUCCCAGAGCAAGCUCCCUACCGUGCUGCACCUGGAAAAUCCUGUGCGCCAGCCAUGGAGCAGUGUGGUAGAGCAUUUCGGGCGACAGCUCGGUCUCGUUAAGCCGCCUGUUUCUUUCGACGAAUGGCUUGACCAAGUUGCCAGCGCGCCUUCUGACGAUGAGCUCUAUCCCGUCAAGAAGCUUCUGGCCUUCUUCAAGAACGGGUUCAGACCGGUGGCCUGUGGACAAGUUGUGCUGAGCACAGAUGUCGCGCGGACCCACUCUGCGACUCUGCGCGACAUGGGUGCUCUUGAUGAUGGCACCAUCAGUGGGUAUAUCAACUACUGGAAGAAGAUUGGUUAUUUGUGCAUGUGAGCACUCUGCGACGAUUGUGUAGGUAGCCUGCAGUAGGACGAGGUUUUGAACAUCACAAUGCGCAAAAUG